AGUAGAUUAAAAACGCGGUCUACACGUGGCACGAUCGCGGCCGUCGCUGGAGACUGAGCUGCCACGUCAGCCCUCAAUCUGAUUUUCUCGUGGUGGGGAACUUAACCGCCAACAGGUGCUUGCGCGCGCCUUUGCAUCAUCCGCCAUAUCAUCCUCACUUUGCUCCUUUCUACUCUUCCCUCGCAGCUAGGUUUUCUAGAAUUUAGGGCAAGACAGGGAGGGAGAAGCGCGGAUUCUCCGAUCGAUGGCGCAGAGCUGCCGUCGGCUGGGAUUCCCGUGGCGCCAGUGAUCCGGUGGUGAAAUUUCGGGAUCCACAUCGCCGAGCGCUCCAGCAGCAUUGCCGAUCGAGAGCAGGCUAUGGUGGGAUGCUAGGGGCCGGGACGCUGCCGCAUUUUAGGGUUUUGGAGGAGGCUUAGGGUUUUCUCGCGCGGGGAAGGGAAGCAUGAGGAGAAAGAUCGCGCUGAGCUGAGCUGAUGCUCGCAAAAUGCUUUUCGAUCAUGAUUCUGCGCAAAACGUGCGAGAAAGAGCUGCGCUCAAGUUGCCCCGACCUUCGGAGUUUAUCGGGCCCGACGAUGAGCCUCCUCCUCCCAUCACUGCGAGAACAGCCGGUUUUGGCAUCACGCCUGCGGAGAUUGCCAAAUGGGAGGGCAACACGGAGGAGUUGGAGGCAUACGAUGGUUUUGAUGGCAUUGCGCGCGCACUGAAGAUCGAUCCGCAAAAGGGCAUUGAUGCCACCCCGGUGGAUAUCAAAGCCAGGAGAGAUGCUUUCGGUCCAAACACAUACCCGCUCAAGAAAAGAACGCCAUUUUAUAUGUAUGUUUGGGAAGCUUUGCAAGAUGAAACGCUGAUGAUAUUGAUUUUGUGCGCCAUAGUGUCCUUGGCUGUUGGGCUGACAACCGAGAAACCCAGCGAAGGGUGGUAUGACGGUGGAGGCAUUUGUUUUGCUAUUGUUGUUUGCGUCAUGGUAGCUUCUUUAAGUGAUUAUAAUCAAGCCAACCAGUUUCAAAAGCUCAGUGCCGAGAAAAGGAAGAUUUAUAUAAAUGUGACAAGGGGUGGUCACAGGACUAAAGUGUCGAUUUUUGAGCUUGUAGUUGGUGACAUGGUUCAUCUUGCAAUCGGUGACCAGAUUCCAGCCGAUGGACUCGUAUAUGUUGGGCAUUCUUUGAUUGUUGACGAAUCAAGCAUGACUGGCGAAAGUGACCCUCUUCCAAAAGAUGAAGAGGAAAAACCAUUUUUAAUGUCAGGCACCAAAGUGCUUGACGGUUUUGGGACAAUGCUGGUCACUGCCGUUGGAAUGCGAACUGAAUGGGGAAGAGUUAUGGCCACACUCAGUGAAGACAAUGACGAGGAAACUCCCCUUCAAGUCCGACUGAACAAUUUAGCAACAAUAAUCGGGAAAGUGGGCUUAUCCGUUGCGGUUGUGUGUUUUAUUGUUUGCGUGAUACGAUUUCUAUGCCAGACAAAUUUGAAACACUUCAGCUCGGAGGAUGGUCGACAAAUAGUUGAAUACUUUGCUGUUGCAGUAAGUUUUAUUGAAAUGCAUAAUACAGAUUAUCAAGGUGACGAUUGUGGUCGUAGCUGUCCCCGAAGGUCUUCCGCUUGCAGUCACCUUGACGCUUGCUUAUUCUAUGAAGAAGAUGAUGACCGACCGUGCACUGCUUGCGAAACUAUGGGCUCUGCAACUGCUAUCUGUAGUGACAAAACUGGCACAUUGACAAUGAAUAUGGUUUGUUUUCAAGGUUUCCUAUAUGGAUUUUGGCUUUGUUUUCUACAGAUGACUGUCAUCAGAUCAUGGGUGUGUGGCAAAUUAAGGGAGCCAACUGAUCUUGAGAAUAUCAGUGAAGGUGUGCGUAAGCUUUUGUUUGAAGCUAUUUGCUUAAAUACGAAUGCAAGCGUUGAAACGCAUGAGGGCGCUCCUCCAGAAAUAACUGGGACCCCUACGGAAGUGGCUGUUCUUGGAUGGGGUGUAAAGCUCGGUGCGAAUUUCGAUCGAGUAAAGAAAAGCGCAACAGUAACAGAAGUUGAUGCGUUCAAUUCAACCAAAAAGCGCAUGGCGGUGAUUGCGAAGACAGAAGAUGGAAAAGCAUGGAUUCAUUGGAAAGGUGCUUCAGAAGUUGUAUUGGCUCAAUGUUCAAACUUCAUGGAUGAGCAAGGGAAUGUCAGCCCUUUGACGCCUGAAAAGUUGCAAGAGCUGCAAGAAAUUAUCGACACCUUUGCAAAUGCCGCCUUGCGAACGUUGUGUCUGGCGUGUAAGGAGUUUCCUCAGAAUGAGUUUCUUGCACGGCCUCCUAAGAAGCAUUCGACUAUUGGACCUCCAAUCCCAGAAGAUGGCCUGACUUGUAUAGCUAUCGUUGGAAUCAAGGAUCCAUGCAGACCUGGUGUUCCUGAAGCUGUUCACAAGUGUCAAAUUGCUGGCAUUAAGGUCAGGAUGGUAACUGGAGACAACAUAACAACUGCCAAAGCCAUCGCUGUAGAGUGCGGAAUUUUGACAAACGGAACUGCGAUUGAGGGCAAGGAUUUUAGAAACAUGUCGCCAGACGAACAAUACGAAAUUCUUCCGGCGAUACAAGUCAUGGCACGGUCAUCUCCAACAGAUAAGCAUACUAUGGUCAAGAGAUUACUGGAAAUGGGGGAGAUUGUAGCAGUGACAGGGGAUGGAACCAAUGAUGCUCCUGCUCUUCAUGAGGCAUCCAUUGGGCUUUCAAUGGGAAUUGCUGGUACAGAAGUUGCAAAAGAAAGCUCGGACAUUAUUAUUAUGGACGACGAUUUUGCAUCGAUAGUGAAGGUCGUGAGAUGGGGGCGCGCUGUUUAUGCGAAUAUUCAAAAAUUCGUGCAGUUCCAGUGCACUGUCAAUGCUGUGGCCUUGAUGCUAAACUUCAUAUCGGCGCUGUCCGAGGGUGCAGCUCCUUUGACAGCCGUUCAACUGCUAUGGGUGAACCUGAUCAUGGACACAUUAGGGGCUCUUGCAUUGGCAACUGAACCUCCUAAUGACGCAGUCAUGUAUAGGCCUCCGAUUUCAAAAGAAGCACCGCUGAUUAACAAUAUCAUGUGGCGCAAUCUUCUAGGUCAGAGCAUUUAUCAGCUAGGUUUGCUCUUAGUUUUGAAGUUCAAGGGGAUUGAAAUACUCAACCUGAAGGACGAUCCUAAUGCACCACCGCCUCCACCACGCAGUGCGCAUGCUAAGCCCGAGGGUGUAGCUCACGAGAAAUUGGUUUGUAUCAUUUUUAACGCCUUCGUUUUUUGCCAGGUUUUUAACGAGAUGAACGCUAGGAAUCCUGAAAAACUUAACGUUUUCAAGGGUUUUACAAGCAAUCGUUUGUUCAUGGGUGUCAUUUUGUUUACAGCCAUCGUUCAGGCGCUGCUCGUUGAGUACGGUGGAACUAUAGUUAGCACAGUUCACCUCGAGUGGAACCAUUGGAUUUUGUGCAUUAUUCUAGGUGCCAUAAGUUUGCCGCUGGCAGCCCUUGUCAAGCUAAUACCCAUCCCCGACAGGCCAUUCAGCGAGUACCUCAUCUUCUGGCGGCGAAAGAAGCACAGGAAACAAAAGCUCCUCACGCGCAGUGGAAGAUCCAUCAAGGGAAUUAUGUUCAACCGGCCUCCCAGCGCCACCACGGGAGCCCCUCCCGCUCCAAAAAAGUUUUAUGACACGGCCGGGAUCGAUGCGCAAGGCGUGCCCGCGGGGCCUCCUCGGCGGCUCUCGGAUCUGGCGAGACGGCCUUCGGCGGAGCGGAGGAAAGAGUCGCUUACGGGUGCGCUGAGCGCUCCCACGGUGACCACGGCCUCCACCACCGAGGGAGGCGUUUUGACGAAAGUGCUGGGCAGUCCUCCCGAGCCCGGCGCUGCGACGGAGCAAGCGCCACUGCGGAGGAACAGUCAGGCAUGGGCGGAGGAGGCUCCCACGUCCUGAGUUUCGUGAGUUUGAGCGUAUAGACAACUUUGCUGUACAGCUUUCUUUUUUUUCUCUUUCUAGUUCCUCACUGUUGUAGUACAGCAAUAUCCAUAUGGUUGUUAAAGUAGAAAAAAGAGUAACUUUCAACAAAUCUAGAUUUACACAUAAGUAGAAUUAUUACUAAA